GGCCAUGGUCCCUCGCGCUCCGCCGGAGCUGCUGCCGCUCCAUGCGCUCUCCGCGCGCACGCUCGCGUGACCGGAGCCGCUCCUGCUGUGUGCGCGCGCGAUCCCAUGGCCGCGGCUAUCGCGAGCUCGCUCAUCCGACAGAAGCGGCAGGCGCGCGAGUCCGGCAGCGACCGCGGGGCCGCCUCCGCGCGCCGCUCGAGCCCCGGGAAGGAGGCGCGCGCGCUGUGCGGCAGGCGCCUGUACGGGCUCUUCAGCAAAGUGCGCUUCUGCAGCGGCGGCAAGAAGCGGCCCGCGCCCCGGAAACCAGGUCAGUUCCGGGGGGAGGGGAGGGGGAGCCCACAGCUGAAGGGGAUUGUGACAAGGCUGUUCAGCGAACAGGGGUUUUACCUGCAGAUGAAACCAGAUGGAUCCAUUAAUGGGACCAAAGAUGAGAACAGCGACUACACUCUUUUUAAUUUGAUUCCAGUGGGUCUGCGUGUUGUGGCCAUUCAGGGUGUGAAGGCAGGACUUUACGUGGGGAUGAACGCCGAGGGAUUCCUCCACACAUCAAAUGUUUUUACGCCAGAGUGUAAGUUUAAGGAGAGUGUGUUUGAGAAUUACUAUGUGAUCUACUCGUCCACUCUGUAUCGCCAACACGAGAGCGGCCGCGCCUGGUUCCUCGGGCUCAGCAAGGACGGCAUCAUCAUGAAAGGCAACCGUGUCAAGAAAACCAAACCUUGCUCACACUUCGUCCCCAGACCCAUUGAGGUGUGUAUGUACAAGGAGCCGUCACUGCACGAGCUGGAGGAGAAGCAGCGCAGCCGGAAGGACUCAGGGACGCCGAGCAUGACCGGAGGGAAUCCGCCGAACCCGGACUCGACCGAGCAGGACGGCUCAUAGCUGCUCACUCACACCUUCACAAACUCACACAACACACUCACACACACAAACACACACACACACACACACACAUAUAUAGCACUUCACAGAGUUCGCACCUCAACAGGAGAAAAAAAAAAAAUCACCCAACAAGAAAAAGCAGAUCGAAAUCUGCAAUCCUGUGAAUGUCUCAGAAAGGAAACAAAGAAAAAAAAGGAAAAAAAAUCCUGUGUUUGAAAUCAGGACAUUUUAUGCAAAGCCUGCCGAGUGUAUGCGUGUACGUAUGGUUUGUGUGUGUGUGUGCGUGCGUGUGUGUGUGUUAUAUCUUGGACACGAAAUGAAAAUACAGUGUGUGUUUAUGUGUGUGUGUGUGUGAAAGUUUAAGCUUUAAAGCCAUGUACCAAUCCUCACAUGUCAAUUUAUGAAUGCAAAAGCACUUUCAUGCGCUUCUAUCUAUCUGUCAGUGUGUGAGUGUGUGUGUGUGGAUGUGUGUGUGUGUGUGUGUGCUGCUCUGAUCAUCGCUAUCAAGCGUCAGUCUUGGAAUCAGGCUUUAGUGAACGGUCACGCCCUGUAUUCGCCUCAUGGGCUGCGUUGUGAUCUCAGUGGACGGGGGUUCGGAGAUAUUUCCUUUUUCACGCGCUUAUAUUAACCUUUUCAGAACGUUUCUUUCUUUUUACGUAGCAUGCUUUUGUUUUUGUUUUUUUGGUUCUGUUUAACAGGACGUCUGUUUGAAGCUAAUAUACGUUCACGCUAGCAAGCGACAAAUCAGUUCAGGAAAUCACUUCAGCGACAGGAUCCCUAAUGUUGGAUGAGCGUUGUGAUAUAGUUGUAUCAACGUUUUGAAGACGUACACCGUCGCCGUCUGUUUUUCAAAGUUAGAAAUAUUUUGCAACAUUGUGUUAGGCGGUGUUUGUUCAACGUUAUCUCAUCGUCAACGUUGUUCUGGCAUCAUUUCUUCAAAGUCUCUUUCAAAACAACCGAAUACUAACCUUGUACCAAAGUUCUGUAAAAAGUUGAGAAAUUAACGUCGCCACAACCUUUUGAAACUAAAAUAAAUUCCUGCUGGAAAUACGCCUAAGUAUUUCGUGGAAUAAUGUGAGCUACUUAACAGCGUCGUUCCUGACCGGCAUAAAAACGCUGACGAAUCGAGCGAUUGUUGCUUUGAAAUUGCUGUCGUCGUUAUUAAAAAUUGUCGCUUCCUAGUGUGAAGGAGAACGCAAGAGGUUCGAAGGUAACACGCGUAUUGUGCAGUAGUUUGAUGGUUUGGAAUAGCAAACCUAGAGGACUGUAGUGGAACUGCAGGCUUUGCUCUGUAUUUUUGAGAAACUGGUGAAUUUACAGUAUUAUAAGAUGUACAUAAAGCCGCUUUUUAAAACCAUUAGCAGAUGAUUAGCAUGCGUGUUAACAAAGAUAGUCAGCAUGUGUUGGCUUGUUGGCCUUGAUUACCAAAGGCGGUUGUUGUGGGUGUUAUGGGAUGCAUGUUGUAAGCGCUCUGGUGUGUUUAAUUAAUUACUAUUAUUUUCCUUUCCUCUUUUUUUUCUGUUUGUAAAUGCUCUUCUGCACUUUUAAGCCUUAUAAUCACUCUGAAAAUCUUUGAGUUAGGCUGCCUUGGACAAGAGGUCUAAUCCGCAUAAUGUCUCCAUCACGUCUUGUGUCUGUAUCUGAUCUAUACCUCUCAGUGUUUUGUUUUGUCUCAUCCUCUCUAUUGCACAUCUCACCCUGUCUAGUCUUUGUCUUUAUCUCUCUGCCUUGUUAUCGGGUUUAUCACAGUCUUAUUGUUUUCUGCCUCGGUGUCCGAUCUCAUUCUAAUAUCUCGAAACUUCUAUCUAGAAUUGUAUUCUAUUCGAUCUUCCUCUAAACUAAUAUCUAACCUUUCUGUCUGAUCUCUUCUGCUCUCUUUAUCUCUCCUUUUACAGUGUGGUCUCUUCAUGGUUGUAUCUAAUUUCUCACUGUCUGAUCUCUCUCCAUUUAUAACUUUUUUCACGCUUGAUUUCAGUUCCUAAUCUCUGACUGUUAUUAUUUUUUUCAUCUCAUUGUCUAAUCUUUUUAUGUCCAAUCUUUCUUUUUUUUAUUUCUCUGAUCUCUGCAUAUGUUUCCGAUAUUCAACUUUUUGAUUUCACGAUUGAAUAUUGCUCUGCAUGCAGCUUUUGCAGUGUUGUACAGCUUUUUACAUGAUUUCUGUGUGUCACCCCUUUAAA